AUGUGCCGUGUACCUCUCUUCUUUGUAAAAAGCCUUACCGUCGGAACUCCAGCUCAAAAUAUAGUAGUUCUUCCUUGGGCUGAACUGAACAAUACCUGGUUGUAUGACUAUGAUGCGUUGUGCGACACGAGCAUUAUCUUUGAUGAUACCAUUUGUAGAGUUCGUCGCGGCAACUUCUUUUACGAAAAUGGAUCAACAACUUAUGACAAGGGUAGCAACAUGGUGGCGGUGGGAGGGGCAACCAUUGAAACAGCAGGCUAUGGUGCUGAAACUGGCAUCGCAGAUCUCAUGACGACCAGUCUUGCAGGCUCAGACACAUUUUCACCAGGCGCUACCAAUCUCAGCAAUUUUCCAAUUGGCAUCCCAAGACAAAACUGGGACCAUGGCUAUACCAUUCUCCAUGCUAUGGGAAUGGGCAAAAACUCAACAUAUUUAAACAGCCUCGUUGAAACAGGAAAGAUUGCAUCAAAGGUGUGGUCAAUUUUUUGGGGUCGAAUGUGGAUAGAUCAACCUCUAGAUGGACAAGUUGUGAUUGGAGGAUACGACCAGGAAAAAGUCAUUGGGCAGAAUUACACGCAAGCAUUGGACUACAGUGACACAACAGGAUGCUGGACUGGGAUGAAAGUCACAAUAUCUGACAUUGAACUCAUCGACCGCACUGGCAGCACUACCAGUAUUUUCCCUCCCAACUUUGCUUUGCCUGUAUGCAUUGUUCCCCAACGACAAUUGUUAAUCGAGGCACCUGGGUCAAUCUUUGAUACAUUCCAGAACGAAACCAAUACUCAGACCACAGGGGUCUCCUACGGACUACACUGGCUCGCUCAAUUGUAUGAUACAACCAAUUACUUCCAAGGAGACAUGUCGAUUAAGCUUAGCUCGGGGCUCCAAGUCACCAUUCCAAAUAGUCAAUUCAUGCCACCAUUCGUUACAAUUGAUCGCAACGGUAGUCGAAUAUUCAAUGAAAGUGAACGGGAGUUCCUUUACGGCGUUACGUCAAACCAACCAUCAACUUUGGGUCGUUACUUCUUGACGGCGGCCUAUCUCAUGAUUAAUCAUGAUGAAAAUACAUUCACUCUCUGGCAGGCAAACCCAUCGACGGCCACUGACCUUGUGCCUACUAUAUCCAAAGAUACUGCCGAAAGUUGUGCUAAUGUAACUACCAAUGGGACAGUGGUAGUGAAUGGUACUGUCACAACCGAACCUGGAACAAGCAGCUCAACCACUGCAGCUACAACCAACACCAACACACAAACCGGCCUUUCUCCUGGUGCACUUGCAGGCAUAGUUGUCGGAAUUCUCGCAGUCGUGGCUAUUAUCGCUGGCAUAUGUUUGUAUAUGUUUCGAAAAAAGAAGCAGAGUCCGAGAAAUUCAGAAGUGGCUCUCGCACCAAUUCCUGCGUUUGUGCCGGAUAGUACAUUUGCAGGAUUUUAUGAGGUUCACGGAACUCAAUCUAAACACGAAAUGGACGCUAGCAGGAGGACUUACGAAUACGGAUACAGGGAUGAACCUGUACAAGAAUUAGCAUAG